UCAAUAGACCCCACAAAGAGUGAAGCUGAAACCCAAGGAAGGGGGUCUUUCUGCAGAGAGAAGAUGAUGAGUGCUAGUGCAAAUAAUGGAAGUGGGCCUUGUGGUGCCUGCAAGUUCCUAAGGAGAAAGUGUGUAAAAGGAUGCAUUUUUGCACCAUACUUUGAUCCUGAUCAAGGAACAGCUCACUUUGCAGCAGUGCACAAGGUCUUUGGAGCUAGCAAUGCUUCUAAGCUUCUCUUGCGCAUACCUACUCACAAGCGUCUGGAUGCUGUUGUUACUCUUUGUUACGAGGCCUUGACCAGGGUUAGAGACCCUGUUCAUGGCUGUGUUGGCCACAUCUUCACUCUCCAACAACAGGUAAUGAAUUUGCAAGCAGAGCUGGCCUACAUUCAAGCCCACCUUUCAACAUUGCAGUGUCUCCCUUUACCUCAGCCACCACCUCUGUGUGCUCAAAGCCACUCCCUAAUGAGUCUUAGUUCAUCUUCAGAAGUACCAUCGUUCUCAAAAUUAGCUUCGAAUUCUAACAUAUCAAUGCACUUUGAUCAGUUACAAUUACAGCCGCAACAAGCAUCCGCAGAAUCGACCGGUUUCUACAAUCCAUCAGAGCAUGGAAUUGAUAAUGAGGAUCUCCACGAAUUGGCUCGAGCGUUUGCGUCUAGAUGCUUGCCAGGAGUUAGAUUUAGGCCUCCAAACUCUCCUUAGAAAUUCGAGGUCUUGUUGAAUUUGGCUUCUGUUGUCUUUCCAGUGCGCUCAUCUUGUAUUUAUUUCACAAUCUAUCUAGUAUAAUUGUACUUGUUUUUUUCCCUCCA